AUACAUAAAGGGGGACGCCAUAUCUUUGGGUGCAGUAGGGCACCGGCGCAGUGGAUAUCCAGCGAGGAAAAUGUCUACAAUGAAUGUGACAACUCACAAGCAUUAUAAUGAUCCAGAUCUUGAUGCCAAAGAAUACAUAAAGGGGGACGCCAUAUCUUUGGGUGCAGUAGGGCACCGGCGCAGUGGAUAUCCAGCGAGGAAAAUGUCUACAAUGAAUGUGACAACUCACAAGCAUUAUAAUGAUCCAGAUCUUGAUGCCAAAGAGUUAGUUAAUACUCAUUUUUCCCAUGGGAAGAUCAGCAUAAUUGAAGAAACUAUGGGCUUUCCUACAAGGGUCAUCCAUGAUUUGGCCUCUAAAGGUGAGCUGAAAGGAGAAAAAGUGCUUGAUAUCAGCAUUGGGUCCAUACCCUACCAACUCUUUUCAGUCAGCAGUUUUGUCAAGGAGAUCUAUGUUGUGCAGAUGACUGAUACCAGCUUCCGACACUUCAACCAAUGGCUGGAAAAAGACAACGGAGCCACUGAUUGGUCACAUGCUUCCAAACGAGUCUGCCAUCUUGAGGGUAACAGACAAGGGUGGCAGGAGAAGGAAGACCAGACGAGUAGCCUCAUUAAAGGGGUGUAUAAGUGGGACAACUAUGAAACCAACAGCCUGGAUCCUGCGCUGGUGCCACAGGUGGACUGUGUCAUCACUUUAUGGAUAUUAAACGUCAUCAGUAAAACGAAGGACGACCUCCUAAAGAACCUGGUGAGCCUCACAUCCAGACUGAAAGCUGGAGGCCAGCUGCUGGUGUUCAUGGUGCUGGACAUGACCUUCUACAUGGUGGGCUCCCACCGCUACUUCUGCUUGACCUUAGACGAGAAAGAGCUACAAGAGCUGGUGAUCAAAGCCGGCUUCAUCAUCGAAAAGUCGUCUCUGCUGAGAGGUGUGGAACCCAAUGACAUCGUUGACUACAGCCAUAUGUGCUGUGUCCUUGCCCGCAAGAUAAAAGAAGCCUGAAAACCGAAGC